ACGUGGAGUUAAAGAAGUAGUACAAAGUCAAACCUCGCAGUUGUUACACGCAAAAUGGAGUCCAUACAAACAACUCGCGCACUCUCCUUCAUGCCAAAUACUUUAAGUUUUGUACGUGAACAAGUCAAUAUAAAUUCACCAACACGCAUCAAUGAAGCUAUCGAUUUAUUGAUUCAAUGGAUUCAAAAACAAAACCAUUUUAUUAAGAAGGAUUUAUCCCGAGAAUACCUAGAGAGGUGUGUUAUCAUAAGCAAAGGUUCGGUGGAAAGAGCAAAGAGAAAAAUGGAGAAAUCUUACACUUUCCGCACGCUUAUGCCGGAAUUGUUACAAUAUUCCAAUCCCAGGGAUAUGAUGAAGGAGUAUGAAGGCUCGAUUAUAAAUUUUGUUCUUCCCCAAAUGACGGAUAGACACGAACGCGUAUACAUCAUGAAAAAUUGUGGCCAAAAAUUUACAAGUUUUACUAAUUACUACAAAUUUUUACUAAUGAUGUGUGAGUAUUUUCAAGCUAAAGAUUACAAUAAUGGUGUGAUUGGGGUGUUUGACUAUAUCGACACAAAUGUAUUAGAGGUUGUGAAGACCAUAAACAUAGUGGAAAUCCGACAGCUGAUUACAAUUGUUACGGAAGGUUUUAGCCUUCGACUCAAAGGAGUACAUUUUAUGACAUCAUCGAAGGCUAUAGACACACUAGUUUCUAUACUAAAACAGGCCUUGAGCGAAAAACUGGCAAACAGAAUUCAUGUACACAGGGAUCACACAUCUCUAAACGAACACCUUCCAUUGGAAAUUUUGCCAAUCGAGUAUGGCGGCAAGGAAAAAUCUAUGUAUAAAUUACAGGAGGAUUUAAUAGAUGAAUUGGAAUCGCCAGACUUUAUGGUUCACUUGAGAGAGAUGGAAGCAGCCAGAACUGAUGAGUCCAAACGACAAACAGAUAAAUACAACGAGGCUAUUAUUGGAAUGCCCGGAUCCUUUAGGACUCUAAGUGUCGAUUAAUAUGAUAUAGAUUUUUUCAUUAUGGUUAAUUACAAUAAUAGUCGUUAAGAAUAAUUAUAACAAGCUUAAGCCUCGACAUGCAAGCUACUUUUUUCUUUUUAUAGGAUUAUAAUAGUCUAUGUUAAUAUAAAAAAGACUAGAAGUUUUCUAUUGUUUUGUAUUCUCGUUUGUUAUAUUAUCAUUAUAAAUUCUAAUCGCUUAAAGGGUAAAAAAUAUAGCGUUAAGAAAUUGUUGUUAUUUAAUAAAUGUUGUAUUCGUAUUGAGUUUUUAAAUAUGUACGUUGUGAAGUCUCGACCUAAUCUGAACAUAUGUUCAAAGUUGGCGCCAAUCUACAUAAGAGAAUAAACUCCAGCGCCUUAAGCUUUUACCUCUAAAUAACAUCAUUGCAACGUUUUUAUUGCCU